AUGGCGUCGACGCUACAAGGGAGGCGCAAAUGUCGGGAAAUCGCAAAGACAAGGGAGUCGUCACCGGCGAGCAGAGGAGGACAGGGUUUAUCAGGCGAUGACGACGAUGACGAGGAGGAGCCUGAUGACAUUGUUCAUACGUAUAGGGGUGCCGGUGGGAUAUUUGUUAGUACUCAGGAGACUGGUCGUAGUCGGACUUCGAUACAGGAUAGCUGGUUAGUGUCUACGCCGAUGGCCGGCGGUCCAAAGGAUGGAAUCGUCAUUCCUAGCUAUGGUGGUCAUGUCGCAGCUGCAAUUUGGGGUGGUGUGGAGCGAGGUGUUUUGAGAUCGUUCGUGGAGAGAUGGCAGCCAGAUACUAACAUUUUUCAUUUGUCGUUCGGUGAGAUGAUGAUCAUGUUACAUGGCGUGUAUCAUAUCCUUGAAAUCUCUAUAGAUGGUACUAUGGUUUUUACUGUUAUGGACCCCCUACAGUUACGGGUCCUCGAGACGACCUUCAAUGUUGAGAGGCCCCCUGAGAUUUCCGUGGUGGCAUUUAUGUGGGUUUUACUGGGUUCAUCACUCUUUGUGGACAAGAGUGGUAACAUACUUCAUCCCUCCCUCAUCCAUGAGCUUCAGCUUGUCAAUGGUACAUUUGUCACUAGUUCCUACUCAUGGGGCUUUGUUACUUUAGCGUUUUUGUACCAUCAGUUGGGGCAAGCCUCGCGGGCAGAUUGUGAUUCCAUCUCUGGUUGUCUCAUGCUUCUUCAAGAGUGGAUUUAUGAGUAUUUUCCAUGCUUUCGCCCUCAGCAGGGCACUCUGACCAGGGACCCUGGACGUGUGCGUGCAUUGCUAUGGGAUGUUGGUUCGCCAUCGAAGACCUCAGAUCGGCUUUUUGCUUUCCGUGCUUGA